AUGGACACCUACAUCACCCCCUCCAUUCUCUCGGGGUCCCAACCCAUCUCCAACGCGAAGAUGGAACUCUUCGAGAGCCCCUACACCGACCUCUCCCUCGACCAAGGGGAGUACGUCAGCUAUUCCCCAACCGAUGUGGGUCGGCGUCACAUCGAGUGGCGGAUCGACCCGUUGAACCAGUACUUCGACCCUCAGAGGGCCCACAUCCGCCUGGUGGUGAAAGUCACCAAAGCCAAUGGCGACGACCUCACCGCUGGCGACGACACGAUCGGCUUCGUGAACAACAUUGGGGCCUCCUUGAUCAAGAACGCUUCCCUGGAGAUGAACGGCAUACUGCUCACCUUGCAGACCGACUCGUAUUCCUACAAGAAUUACAUCAAGAACUUGCUCAGCCACCCUCAGGAGAGUCAGGAGUCUUACCUGCAAUGCGGUGGCUGGCACAAAGACACCGCAGGUCACAUGGAGGUGCACAAAGCGACUGGGGAGGGGGCGACCAACCUGGGGUUCGUCGAACGCUACAGCUACUCGGCUCUCAGCAGAGAGUUUGGGCUUGUCAUCCCUUUGGACCUCGAUGUACUGCAGACCGACAGGUACAUCGUGAACAAGGUUGGGCUGAAGCUCCGGCUCGAGCUGAACAAAGACGAGUUUGCCCUCAUGGGCGGGGGGAUGUACACCGUCUCUGCCAACCCUCUGCUUCGCCUCUACCAAGUUACCCCAGUCCCGAGCGUCGCUGUGGACCAUAACAACGAGAUGCGGCUCAACGCCUUAGCCAAGUACCCCGUCGCCACGGUGGUGGUGAAGACCAGGGUCAUCCCCCAAGGGGUGCAGCUGUACACGUGUGACAACCUUUUCAACGGCCUUGUCCCUAAGCGCCUCGUUGUUGGCAUGGUCAGGCACGCUGCCUACACGGGUAGCUACGAGCUCAACCCGUACAACUUCCAGUUCCCCAAAGUGGAGAGGAUUGCGCUACAGGUGGACGGUAACGAGACACCGUGGAAAAACAUCCGGAAUAUUGGACCCGAGUCGGUUGACGAGUACCACAUGCUGCACGUGGGCGUGAACGGUUCAGCCCUCCACAAAGGGUUGAACAUCAGCCGUCGAGAGUUCUUCAACGGCUAUACGCUUUUGGUCUACGACAUGACCAAACCGGGGAACGCUGGGUCGGGCUACAUCCAUCCGCAGUAUAAAGGCAACACCUCUCUGGAGUUCACCUUCACUGAAGCCACGACACAGAUCUUGACGGUUGUGCUGUACGCCGAGUUCGACAACAACAUGGAGAUGGACCUGAUGCGCCGGGUGAUGUACACCAUCACCGCGUAA